UCUCUCUCCCUCUCUCUCUCCCUCUCUUUCCGAGCAACCAUCACCCUCCCUGCCAAAUAAAACCUCCCACUGCCUGCCUGAAUCCCAAGCAUUCAUCAGGCUGCACAUCUCCUCCUCCUCCACCUACUUGCUUAGAAAAAUAAUGCCAUGACAGGCCAGGGAGGGCUUGUCCAAUGAAAAAGUGGGAGUGCUGCACCAUGUAAGCCGAUUGGCUGCCCUGGCCCUAAGCAGACUUGGAGAGAGCCUGCAGCUCAGGGAUUAGAGAUGAUAUAGGCCCCGUCGACAUCUGUCCUUCCACAAUGGUUGUGCCUGAAAGCCAGGACAAAAUGUACUACCCUCCUGAUGACAUGAAGAGGGAUGCUCACGUGCCUGAUUUUAACUCCUAUCUGGCACUGUACAGGAAAUCUCUUGAGAAUCCAGAAGCUUUCUGGAAAGAGACUGCUGAUGAGUUCUUUUGGAAGAAGCCUGCAACAGGACCAAUGAUGCAGUACAACUUUGACGUGACAAAAGGGAACGUCUAUGUCAAAUGCAUGGAAGGGGCCAAAACCAACAUGUGCUAUAAUGUCCUGGACAGGCUGGUGAAGGAGAGGAAUCUCGGUGAAAAAGUUGCCUAUUACUGGGAGGGGAACUCACCUGACCACCACACGGUCAUCACCUACCGCCAGCUGCUGAGCCAAGUCUGCCGCUGUGCUAAUGUCCUCAAGAAAAUGGGUGUAAAGAAGGGAGACAGGGUGUCUAUCUACCUUCCCAUGAUCCCAGAGCUGGUCUACAUUAUGUUGGCCUGUGCAAGGAUAGGAGCUGUUCACUCCAUUGUGUUUGCAGGUUUCUCCUCUGAGUCCCUGUGUGAGAGGAUUAUGGACGCCCAGAGCAACGUUUUGGUGACAGCAGAUGGUGUUUAUAGAGGAGAGAAGCUGAUCAACCUGAAACAGAUUGCAGACGAGGCUCUGGAGAAGUGCAGGGAAAAAGCGUCAUCGAGUGUGACUAAAUGCCUCGUCAUCAAGCACCACGCACUGAGGACAAAAAGCGGAGCUGCGUGCAAUAAACUACAGAUCCCCUGGGACUCAGAGUGCGAUGUGUGGUGGGACGAGGCGAUGACAGACUCUCCUGAAGAGUGUGAACCUGAGUGGCUGGACGCUGAGGAUCCUCUGUUUAUCCUCUACACCAGUGGCUCCACCGGCAAACCCAAGGGUGUUCUCCACACCGUUGCCGGGUAUCUGCUCUACACGUCGCUCACCUUCAAGUACGUUUUUGAUCAUCACCAUGACGACGUCUACUGGUGCACCGCAGACAUCGGCUGGAUCACCGGCCACUCCUACAUCACCUACGGCCCCCUUGCAAAUGGCGCCACAAGUGUCCUGUUUGAAGGUAUUCCAGUCCACCCUCACGUCGGCCGCUUCUGGGAGAUUAUUGAGAAGUACAAAGUGACCAAGUUCUACACAGCUCCUACAGCCAUCCGCCUGCUGAUGAAGUACGGACGGGAACCGCUGCAGAAGUAUGACCUCUCCAGCCUGAGGAUUCUGGGUACUGUUGGUGAGCCGAUCAACCCGGAGGCGUGGCAGUGGUACCACGAGGCCGUCGGUCAGGGCAGAUGUCCCGUGGUCGACACUUUUUGGCAGACAGAGACCGGAGGUCAUGUUUUGACUCCGCUGCCUGCUGCCACGCCACUGAAACCAGGCUCUGCUACCUUUCCUUUCUUCGGGGUAGAGCCCACAAUCCUCAACGAACACGGCGAGGAACUGGAAGGCGAGGCUGAGGGUUAUCUGGUAUUCAGGAGGCCCUGGCCUGGAAUAAUGCGCACUGUGUACAGAAACCAUGAACGCUUCGAGAACACCUACUUCAAGAAAUUCCCUGGUUUCUAUGUAACCGGUGAUGGCUGCAGACGGGAUAAAGACGGCUAUUACUGGAUCACAGGACGGAUAGACGACAUGCUGAAUGUGUCAGGCCACCUGAUGAGCACAGCGGAGGUGGAGGCGGCUCUGACGGAGCACCCGGCCGUGGCGGAGGCCGCGGUGGUGAGUCGGCCUCACAAGGUGAAGGGCGAGUGCCUCUACUGCUUCGUCACCCUCAAAAACAGCAGAGAGUUUAACCACACGUUGGUGGAGGAGCUCAAGAGACUGGUGAGAGAGAAAAUUGGACCAAUCGCCACGCCAGACUUCAUUCAAAAUGCUCCAGCGCUCCCGAAAACUCGCUCAGGGAAGAUCAUGAGGCGAAUCCUCCGGCAGAUCGCCCGCAAUGAGAAGGACCUGGGUGACCUUUCGACCCUGGCCGACCCGAAGGUGGUGGAGGUGCUCUUUAGCCAGAGAUGUGAAGCUGCAGCCUGAACUGACACCUCAGCCUCUCUUUAUGCUAUGUAACGGCACAGAUGAAGACGAUCACAAACUGCUGGUUCUGGAUCAACGUCUGAGUGUUUGUGUGCACUCUCUGGGACUGACUGAAGGGGGCUGGGAUCAGAAAAUUAUACCGCUGACAUCGAGAUGUUUAAAAUUAUUGUUUUAUGUGAAGAAAAUAAGUCAAAUCAAAUGUCACCGGUGCUGUUAUGUAGAUGUUCUGUCGGGGCUGUUGUUUGUCGUUUGGGCCAUAAUGUCAAACAGAAUUAUUAUCUUUUAUAUUUUCUUAAAAGUCUUGUAGUUCCAUGUUUCAUGUUGUAAAUCUUAAAAUAUAAAAGCUCUGCACAGCUUGUUUUUGACUGACAACCCAUGUAUAUUUUAUCUGUGAUACACUUCUAUAACCUGAGAAUUUAAUCUGUGUGGUGCCUUUGUCCUUUUACCUCCAAGCUCAGCGGCUGAUUGACGCCCUCAUGUGGCAGGAAUCGUCCUCUGCAGCUGCUAUCUGAUGGUUUCACUGUAGAAGCCUUUUUACUCCCCUGCCAAGGCUUUCUGCCUUUUGUCUUCUAAUGAUGCACGGAGCGUGCACACUCACACACACGGCUUUGAUGAUGUGAAGUGCAGCAGGGAGAAGCGAUUACGAGGGGGACAGAAAGAUAGAGAGAGGAAGAGAGAGCUGUUUUAUCUGAAGUGCGCUGGAUUCUUUUGAAAUUAUAAGCAUCAGUGGUCUUGAAAGAAUAGAAAAACAAGAAGAAUAAUCCUUUUUUAAAUAGAGAUUAGAGUGCAGCAGGUUGUUAUGAAAGUAUCUCAGAGGGACUGCUCUCUUAUCUCAUUGUCAAUGUUGGGUAAUGUACAAUCAUUGGACUUCCUUUGUUGUCUCCUCUACACACACUUCAUGUCACAUACAUGCACUGUGUGUGUAGGUGGGGAGGACAAGAAGAAAAGAGCCCAGAAACACAGCAAUGGGCAACGUUACAUCAUCACCCCCAGCAGCAGAGGAGUGGUUACCAUGACAACCUCUUCAGCCCCCCUCCUCCUCCUCCUCCCCACAAACCACCACUUCUUCUUCAACCCCCCCCCCCAACCCUCCUUCUUCCUCUGGCCACAACAGCAGUCUGCAGAUGUUUAGUAACCUGACGACCACACGAGGGAUUGACUCACCUCUUGGUCCACACACACACACACACACACACACACACACACACACACACACACACACAAACAUGUAAAGGAAGGUUUACAGAUUUUCUGCAUCACUUGACCUUCUUGAUGUCAUUGAAACCAACAGUUUGGCAAAUAUAUUUAAAAUAAAAGGAAUCAUGCAAUAUGUAA